AUGCAAGGCGCUGUGGAGCUCCCACGUGUCUAUUUCCCUGCUCUAAAUUGCGUAAAAUCAGCUUGGGAUGGGCAAUCUUUUUUUAAGCCCGAAAUGCUUCAAGAUUCCGACAUUUAUGCUGAAAUCUUUCACUCACCGCAGGUUUUCAAGCUCAACUACGCACAAAUGGAGAGGGAAUUUAAGGCGUUUGUGUACCCAGAUGGGGAUCCGAAUUCUUAUUACCAGACGCCAAGUAAUCUUACCGAGACAUAUGCAAGUGAAGGUUAUUUCUUUCAAAGUAUAAAAAAAAGCAUGUUCUUGACUAACGGUUCCAACAUGACUCAUCUUUUCUUUAUCCCUAUUUCCUGUCAUCAAAUGAGAGGCAAGCUGGGAAUUUCUACCAUUGUCAAAAUGCAUGUGGAGAAGUUGAUUUCCAAGUACCCAUAUUGGAACAAAACUCAAGGAGUUGGUCACUUUUUUGUCACUUGCCAUGACAUUGGUGUCAGGGUCACUAAAGGAGUUCAUCCUCUGAUGGAGAAUUCAAUUCGAGUUGUUUGUUUGUCUCAACAUGGUUCUGGUUAUAUGCCACAUAAGAUGUUUCCUCCCUCAAGCCAGUGGAAAUGGCUUAAAGAAUAG